AAAUUUGCAGAAAUUUAGCAACGGCAUCUCGCCACUUUGCUCCCAUCACAAGAAAGCUUCCAAAUUCCGAAGUACACAGUACUACUGAGUGAAAAGCAGACUACAAUCUCUAUAAUUGCCUCCCUCUCCAUUUCCCUAGACACAUGAACUGAGUCGAGUCAUCCAACUCACUCAAUCGAGCUCUGCUCGAUCGCAAAAAAUCUCGGAAUCGCUACUACAGAAGCACUCACUUCCCCCAUUCCCGCUGUCAAUGGCUUCCAGUCUCGUCUCCCACUCACGCGCCGCCGCCGCGGCUCGCUCUCCGCUCCUCACGAGACCACCGGCAGCCGGCGCCUUCUCCUCGCCGUUGGAGCAGCUGUUGCUGCGCUCCGGGACGAGGACGAGCCGGAGCGGCAGAGCGUUGACGGGAUUGCGCGUUAGGGUUUCCAGCAAUGAGACCUCUUACUUGGACAUGUGGAAGAACGCUAUUGAACGGGAGCGCAAGGCGGCGGAGUUCCAGAAGAUCGCUGAUACGUUGCCUCCAGGCGAUGACGGGAGCGCCGUCGGAGGCGGCGAGCAGGUGGAUUUGGAGAAGAAAAACGAGGAGUUCAGCAAGAUUCUGGAUGUCUCCGACGAGGAGAGGGACCGGAUUCGGCACCAGCAGGUGAUUGAUCGCGCCGCCGCUGCAAUUGCGGCUGCUGAAUCGGUUGUCAAGGGAAUGCAGGAGAGGGCCGCCACCUUUCCCCGUUCAAUCAAGGCUACCGGUGACUCGGACCCAAGCCGUGGAGAAGACACAAAAGAAGUUGAAGGAGCAGGCGAGCAGGAUGGUGGAAUUGUGUUUAUUCCCAAGUCUGCUGACUCUAGCAAUGGAGUUCCAGGGCCAGAUUUCUGGUCAUGGACACCCCCAAAAAGCAGUGACUCAGACUCCAAUGGUGAUGGUGGCUUGCAGCCUAUGAGGCAACCAUCUGCUUCUCCCGUUUCAUACAACCCAGUCAAAGAAAAGGAGCGAGGCAUGGAUUUCCUGACCAUCCCUUUUGAGAGCAAGCUCCCACAGAUAAUCCCACCCUUGCAGUCUUCCAUGGAGGUUGAAAACCUCGCUGCUUCUGAACCUACUCUGGAGAUACCGGCCAUCAAAGAGGAAGUUCACGAGCUUGGCGAACAAUUCUCAGCGCACGCAGCAGAGGCAGCUCGUGCCCUUCAAUCGGAUCUGCAGGAGACUUCUUUGACCACUGGGGUGAAUCCAGAUGGGUCGAGAUGGUGGAAGCAGGUAGGAGCUGAGAGGAGGCCUGAUGGUGUGAUUUGCAGGUGGACCAUGUCUAGAGGUGUUAGUGCUGAUCAAGAGACGGAGUGGCAAGAGAAGUUCUGGGAAGCCUCUGAUGACUUUGGUUACAAGGAACUUGGGUCAGAGAAAUCUGGACGUGAUGCCAAUGGAAGCGUUUGGCGUGAGCACUGGAGGGAAUCAAUGUGGCAGGAUGCUGGUCUGGUCCAUCUUGAGAAAACAGCAGAUAAGUGGGGGAAGAACGGCCAAGGAGACGAGUGGCAAGAGCAGUGGUGGGAACACUACGAUGCAUCCAACAAGGCAGAGAAAUGGGCACACAAGUGGUGCAGCAUUGACCCAACAACACCGCUGGAUGCUGGCCAUGCUCAUGUUUGGCAUGAAAAGUGGGGCGAGAAGUACGACGGGCAUGGAGGGAGCGCAAAGUACACCGACAAAUGGGCAGAGAGGUGGGAGGGAGACGGGUGGGCGAAAUGGGGCGACAAAUGGGACGAGGAUUUCUCCACCAACGGCCAUGGAGUGAAGCAAGGGGAGACGUGGUGGGCAGGGAAGUACGGUGAUCGUUGGAACCGGACUUGGGGCGAGCAGCACAAUGGGACAGGGUGGAUCCACAAGUAUGGGCAGAGCAGCUGUGGAGAGCACUGGGACACGCACAUCCCUCAGGAUACAUGGUACGAGCGCUUCCCUCACUUUGGUUUCUAUCACUGCUUUGAUCAUUCCACCCACCUCCAGCAAGUGAAGCCGCCUUCUGAGAUUUUCGAAUCUGGUGGUCAGUCUGAUGCCCCCGGCUCCGAGCCCGAACUAUGAGACCUUAUUAAGGUUUGACAGUGAUGCCACAACCGAGAGGUGCUUAGGAUUCUAGUAGUUUGCCUGCACAGAGAAACUACGUAAGCUAAAGCUGUGCGGGUUGUGUAAAUAAAGUUGUGCAGUUCGCUGGUAGGAUCUAGGAACUAGAUUUUGCGACUCUUAAGUCGUGGAUCCAUGAAUAAGUCUGAUGUCUCAUUUCGUUUUCUAGUGGUUUGUGUUAAUGUUUUCCGACUUUUUCUUUUCCAAUGGGGUUAUGCUUUUGCCACUGUGUUUCUUUUCUCGAUUCUGGAUCUGUAUUGGGGCUUCGUCGGAUGCUCAGAACACUGGCAGCAGUAAGUAGAGAAUAGAGCGGAUUGAGUGAACAAGGCCCAACUGGGAGGAAGGUGUGGUAUGUUAUGAAAUAUGUAGUAUGAUUUGUUUGAGGUGGAUAUUACUUUUGAUUUGUCCUUUUCCAUUUCGUUCUGUUCUCGACUUGUUUUAUCAUUAUUUGCAUCA